UAAUCAUUUUCCUUCAUUUUCUCUCCUUUUCCCGGAAAUCAAAGACCCUUUUGUGUUUUUUUUUUCUAUGUAUAGUUGUUAUCUUUAGCGGUAGCGCACCGAGUCGUACGUUGUUAUCUGUUUUCAAAUUAAGAACAUGGACACCAUCAACAACUCAGUGAUGAGCAGUGUGCAACAAAGGACACAAACAAAAAGAGGCAAACCCAAGAAGAAGAACAACACUAAGCCCAUAAAGGUAGUGUACAUAUCAAACCCCAUGAAGGUUAAGAUCAGUGCCUCAGGGUUCAGGGCUUUGGUGCAAGAACUCACCGGCCAGGAUGCUGAAUCGCCGCCGGACCCUUCAAGGUUCCAGGACCACGGCAGCGAUGAAGGCGGCGGCGGCGGCGGAGGAGACGGUUGGUAUCAGGUGGUGGAUUCUGAUGAUUGUUUGAUGAAGAAGAUUGGGCAUGAUGAAAAUGUUCACACACUUGUGGUGCCUCCUCCGCCAGUGGAUAAUAAUCCUAACAUUUCUCAAGGGCAACAACAACAACAACCUUUUGGAGGAUCUUCAAUAAUCGAGGGUUUUGAGCCAUUUGAUGAUGCUUUCACGCCUCAGAUGAUAGAGAACCUUAAUUCGGCUCUGCUUUGGUGAUGCAGUGUAAUUAUGUUUCAUCAGAAAGGUCAAGUUUAUCAUUCUAUCUAUCAGGGUAUGUAUUAGUUAGAUUGUUAAUUGUUUUUAAUUGUUAAUUAUGGACCAUAUGUGACAUAUAUUAAUUGCUUGUCUAUAAAUAUCAUAUAUAUAGUUAGUUUA